AGACCCACGGCUGCCGUGCCGCGGAAGAUCCAUCGCGAGGUGAGGUUCGGGGCGUACGUGCUCGGAUCCACGCUCGGCGAGGGCGAGUUCGGCAAGGUCAAGCUUGGCUGGCGCAAGGAUGGCCAGCAGCCAUCGCAGGUGGCGAUCAAGCUCAUCAAGCGUGAGAACAUUGUAAAAAACUCGGAGGCGGAGAUCAAGAUCCAUCGCGAAAUCAACAGUUUGAAGUUACUCAGCCACCCCAAUAUCGUCAAGCUUGUGGAGGUGAUGAAGAGCGGCAAGUACAUCGGCAUUGUGCUUGAAUACGCGUCGGGCGGUGAGCUCUUCGACUACAUCCUCUCGCACAAGUGCUUGAAGGAGGAUCUCGCGAAGAAGCUUUUUGCUCAGAUGGUGAGCGGUAUCGACUACAUGCACUCUAAGGGCCUCGUGCACCGCGACUUGAAGUUGGAGAACAUUUUGCUCGACAAGCACAAGAACGUGAUCGUGUCGGACUUUGGCUUCGUCAACGCCUUCAAUAGGGACAAGAACGACUUAAUGAAGACGUCAUGCGGCCUGCCGUGCUACGCGGCCCCGGAGCUCGUGUUGACCCAGUCGCCGUACCAGGGCACAAAAGUAGACGUGUGGUCGUUGGGCGUCAUCAUGUACGCGAUGCUCGCCGGCUACUUGCCGUUCGACGAUGACCCCGAGAACGAGGAUGGCACGGAUAUUGUGCGCUUAUACCAUUACAUCUGCAAGACGCCCUUGACGUUUCCGGAGUUUGUGUCGCCGCUAGCGAGAGACUUGUUGAGACGGAUCAUCGUGCCCGACCCGCGGAAGCGGAUCUCCUUGCGCGAUAUCAAGUCCCAUCCGUGGUUGGCCCAAUACGCCGGCCUCUUGUCCAUCACACACCAGGAGUUGGAUCAGAGCUACCAGCUGAAGCCGAGCGAGCAGGCGUACAAGCGCUACUCUAUGGGCGUGGAGCGCACCAGCUCCGCGUCGUUGGUCAUGAACCGCAACGGGCGGUCGUACUCCACCCAGAACGUCUCUGGCCGCUUGUACUCCAACCCCUCGGCCCCGACAACCUCUGCUUCCGUCGCCAAUGCCAUCGUUAUCCCACCAAGUCCGUCAUUAAACUCGAUCAACAGCGGUCUCUCCGCCAGCACCCCGAACAACGCCGGGGGAUCGCCUACGUCGUCGCUUGAGCGCGACAGGCCGUCCACCGCGAGCAUGUACUCGUCUGCUAGCAUUGCGUUGAAGGCUGUGGUGGACCACGAGAACAACCUUGGCGUCGUGGCCGGUUCGACCCAGAGAAUGCCCCUGCCGCCAAUUCCACGCUCUACCACACACACCGGGAGCAUCGCCAAGAUCGUGGAGAGACACCGCCGAAGCCCUAGCAGCGACGAUACCCGCCGCAGUCUGCCAACCGCACCUCCGCAAACCGCUGGCUCGCAGAUCUCGCAGACAUCCUCCAAGUUGCCUGCAUCGGGUAAGAAACCCAGACCGACCUCGUACCACCCUUCGUCUUCCACU